UGGUUGGAUCCUUGUGCAGAGACUCAAAAGCCAAGAGGACGCUAUCCUGCUGUUUCCCAAGUGGCCUAGGAUCCAGUCAUAAGAGCUGGUGGAGGAAGGACCUUGUUUGAGGGCAGAAAGGCUUGGGCAGCCAUCAGCCCCAGCUCCUUAGGCACAUUGCCCCCAGAAUCCCCAAGGUGACACAGGACAGCCUAGAACAGGGCCAAAAGGAAUCCAGUCCAAAGCUGGAGGAGGCUGGCAGGAUGAAGAGCCUGGAUCCAGGCACCCUGAAGAAGCUGGUAAACCACCUGGUGCCCACCCAUCUCCAUGGAGACUCCUCCUUUGUGCCUGCCUUCUUGGCCACCUACAGGAGGUUUGCCACUCCACAGCAGGUGCUGGAUCUCCUCUUCCUCAGGUUGCCCUAUCUCCAAGUCACGGACCCACGGACUCCUCAGAGGCUCUUGGGGAUGCCCUGCACCAUUUCACACCCUGAAGAAAAUGAGUACCCAGGAGACUUUGGCCAGUGUCCAGACCUGAGCCUCAAGCAGCUCGUGGCCUAUGCCCUCAUCAACCUGCCAGACUCGGACAUCAUCCUGCAAGUGUGCAGACUCCCAACCUGA